AUGUUCUUGAAUUUUGUCCAACUGAAAAAUAUACUUGCCACAUUGAAAAGGAAGGAACCCGAUAACAUAUCAAACAUAAGGCAAGUGUAUAAUCAACGGCACCGCAAUAAUAAGGCGAGUAGGGGAUAUAGGAACAAGAUGCAACAAUUGUUGAAAAUGUUGGAUGAUAACAAAUAUGUGUCGCGGUACAGAAAUUACGAUGAUGAGGUUACGGUCCGAGAUAUUUUUUGGACUCAUCAGGAUUCAAUAAAGUUUUUCAACACUUUCUCGACGGUUCUCCUUCUUGAUUCUAUCUACAAGACCAACAAGUAUCGACUUCCAUUAUUUGAGAUGGUCGGUGUAACAUCUACUGAGAAGAAUUUUGCCGUUGGAUUUUCUUUUUUGAAGUGUGAAAAAGAAGAUAAUUUUAGGUGGGCAUUGGAGGUGUGUUGGUCACUUUCGGACCGUAUCGGCUUUGCUUGGUAA